AUGAUCUUAUCAAACGUCACCUCCAACAACAUCAUGGAGAAACUACCUCUCCACUCUGGUGAUGGAUCGGAUUCAAUCGAUCAACACGAAAGACGUACACGGCCAACCACAGCCACCUUUUUGCGCCGCCUGGGUAUCGCCGUGCUCUUCCUCGUCGGCUACUACCUACUGCUGCUGAAGCCAUCACCCACAUGCGAUGGCCAUCACAACACCCAUCUCCAGCCGGAUAGCUUCACCGGAGCUGUUGGCGAUGCUGUAACAGAAGACAAAGGACUGGGACUCUCUAUCCCAGGUGCACAGAAGACACUGGAGCAAACCAAGAUCCCGCUGGAAGCUCACAUCAUGAGCAAAUGUCCAGAUGCCAAAGCUUGCUUACAAAAACUGGUUCUCCCUGCGAUGGAGCAAAUUCAUGACAAAGUUUCAUUCAAGCUUUCCUUUAUCGCCAGUGUCUCGCCCAACACUGAAGAGAUAGAGUGCAAGCACGGUCCAGGUGAAUGCAUCGGUGACAUGCUCUUGCUCUGUGCAGCCAACCUUCCGUUCCCUGCGACUGAGGAUGAAUCACUCCUCCCACCUCAGUACCCCCGGACCCCAAUUGUUCGCUCACUAGGAUUUGCAAAUUGUUUGAUCAACGAUUUCUCCCAGAUCCCCGACAGGGAAUUUGUGCACCAAUGUGCCAUGGAAUUUGGGAUCGACUUCGAUGCCCUGAACAAAUGUGCGAGCCAACAGAACGAUGACCCAGGCGACGGAGGACAUGGUGGUCCACCCCUAAGCGGUAUUGCCCUUUUGCGUGAGAGCGCUGCUCGGAGUGAACAGCUUGGUGUUCAAACCAGCUGCACAGUGCGCCUGGACGACACUGUUUGGUGCAUCCAUGACAACAACGAAUGGAAAGACUGUGGCCAGGACAACCAGGGCAGCAAGCCUUCCUCUCUGAUUGAGCAGGUGGACAAGCUUUACAAGGAGCGAAACUGA